GAAGCCGCGGCGCACGCCAGCACCUCCCCGCAGGCCUCGGAUGCCCCUGGGGAAGCCUGGCUCUGUGCUCACUGCAAGACCUCUCGGCCACUCUACCCAGUCCUUAACAUGGCUGCACGCCUCGCCGCCACCCUCGUCUGGUCGCUGCUGCUUCUCUCCUCGGCUCUGUUCCGCGGCGACUGUGGGGCGCGCUUUGCCGCCGAGCCGGACUCGGAGGAUGACCAAGAGGAGGUGGUGGUUUUCCCUGAAUCACCGAUACAGAGACCCACGGUGCUCGUGGCCAUACUCGCCCGCAACGCUGCCCACACGCUACCUCGCUUUCUCGGCUGCCUGGAGCGGCUGGACUACCCGAAGAGCAGGAUGGCCAUCUGGGCAGCCACUGAUCACAAUGUGGAUAAUACAACAGAAAUACUCAGGGAAUGGUUGAAAAAUGUGCAGAGACUGUAUCACUAUGUAGAAUGGAGGCCUAUGGAUGAACCACAGUCUUAUCCUGAUGAAAUUGGACCAAAGCACUGGCCAAACUCCCGGUUUACCCAUGUGAUGAGACUACGGCAGGCAGCCCUUCGAACUGCGAGGGAAAAAUGGUCAGACUACAUUCUGUUCAUAGAUGUCGACAAUUUUCUGACUAAUCCAAAGACCCUCAAUCUAAUGAUUGCAGAAAACAAAACCAUCGUGGCCCCCAUGCUGGAGUCUCGCAGUUUGUACUCUAAUUUCUGGUGUGGAAUCACACCUCAGGGCUUCUAUAAACGGACCCCAGACUACCUUCAGAUUAGAGAGUGGAAGAGGUUGGGCUGCUUUCCCGUCCCCAUGGUCCACUCCACAUUCCUCAUUGACCUCAGGAAGGAGGCCUCAGACAAGCUGAUGUUCUACCCUCCACAUCAGGACUACACUUGGACCUUUGAUGACAUCAUUGUCUUUGCCUUCUCCAGCAGGCAAGCAGGCAUCCAGAUGUACCUCUGCAACAGAGAGCACUAUGGCUAUGUGCCCAUCCCCCUGAAGCCCCAUCAGACCCUACAGGAGGACAUCGAGAACCUCAUCCAUGUGCAGAUAGAAGCAAUGAUUGACCGUCCUCCAAUGGAACCCUCCCAGUUUGUCUCAGUUGUCCCUAAAUAUCCAGACAAGAUGGGAUUUGAUGAGAUUUUCAUGAUCAACCUCAAACGCAGAAAGGACAGACGGGACCGGAUGUUGCGCACACUGUACGAACAGGAGAUUGAGGUCAAGAUUGUCGAGGCUGUGGAUGGAAAAGCACUCAACACAAGCCAGCUGAAGGCCCUGAAUAUUGAAAUGCUGCCUGGUUAUCGAGAUCCCUACUCCUCCAGACCUCUAACCAGGGGUGAAAUUGGUUGCUUUCUUAGCCACUACUCUGUCUGGAAAGAGGUAAUUGACCGAGAGCUGGAGAAGACUCUUGUAAUUGAGGAUGAUGUGCGUUUUGAGCAUCAGUUUAAGAAGAAGCUGAUGAAGCUGAUGGAUGACAUUGACCAGGCUCAGCUGGACUGGGAACUGAUUUAUAUUGGUAGAAAGAGGAUGCAAGUAAAGGAACCUGAGAAAGCUGUACCCAGUGUGCUAAAUCUGGUUGAAGCCGACUAUUCCUACUGGACCCUUGGCUACGUCAUCUCUCUGGAAGGAGCACAGAAGCUGGUUGGAGCCAAUCCUUUUGGAAAGAUGCUGCCAGUGGAUGAGUUCCUGCCAAUCAUGUACAACAAACAUCCUGUAGCUGAGUACAAGCAAUUCUACGAAUCCAGAGACUUGAAAGCCUUCUCUGCAGAACCCUUGCUCAUCUACCCCACACACUACACGGGCCAGCCGGGGUACUUGAGUGACACAGAGACCUCGACCAUCUGGGACAAUGAGACGGUGGCCACGGACUGGGACAGGACACACUCCUGGAAGUCCCGGAAGCAAGGGCACAUCCACAACAACGCCAAGAACACAGAGGCACUACCACCGCCAACCUCCUUGGACACUGUGCCUUCGAGGGAUGAGCUAUGAAGGCUUGUCAGCAUGUUUGACCCACAGUGGCUCAUCAGGUUUUGGUUUUUCUAAAGGGCUAUUUACCCAUUUACUC